GUUACCUAGGGAGGACGUAGCACCUCUGACCAGUUGGAAGUUUUGUGUGUUCUGUGAUUGACUCUGACAUUUUGAUGAGAUGAAAACUAAACUUCAAAACGGGAUUUAUGUAUUUUGAGUAUUUUAGAAAUGAUGAUCAUUGUAUCUACAACUGAAAAAGACAGCGACGGGGCAACACCAGGCGCAGAAGGCAGCAGCGAAGCCCGGCAGCCAUGCGGCUCUCCGCCCUGCCCGCCCUCGGGGCCCUGUGCGGCCUCCUAGCGCUCCUGCUCCUCCCGGCGGCGGCGCGCGCCCAGGUGGGGCUGCGCACGGCGCCGCUCACCGCACCCAGGGUCCGCGACGGCGCCGGCGGCAAUGACAGCCGCCUGGGCCCGCUGUCCAAGUGGACGGGCGUCCCGCGCAAGAACGCCACCAACCACAUCGAGAGCUCGCUCGCCGCCAUCUUCCGCGGCGUCGCCUACGGCGUCUCCACGCUGCCCACCACCUCUUCCACCACCACGCCCGCGCCCCCGCCGCCGCCCGAGCCCACGCUGCCCGCAGGAGGCGCCCACAGGGGCCGCCACAACUCGGGCCGACACUCGCACCCGUCGUCUGCGCCGCCCGCGGGAGACGCCGAGGCGAAGGGCGGCGGGCACCACAGGGGCGUGAACAGCGUCGGCGACAGCCCCGUUCAGACGCCCUUCGUGGAGACCGACGAGGAUGGCGCACUGGUCGGCGCGGACGACGGCCUCGCCCCCGACGAGACGGGCGUCGUGCGGGCGGACGUGGGCGUGAGCAACGUGGCGUGGGUGCGCGAGCUGGGUGCUGCCUGGGUCGUGCACGUGUACUGCGCCGCCGGCCUGUAUAGCCUGCUGGCCCUGCUGGCGCUGUUCUGGCUGUCGCGAGUGCACGCGGGCGCGCACCUGCUGCCGCGCGGCUACUACAUCACGGUGCAGCUGCUCAUGUUCCUGGCCGCCUUCCUGCGCUGCGUGCACCUGUUCCACGACCCCUACGGCGCCGAGCACCGCCUGCCCGAGACGCUGUCGGCCGUGGUCGAGGAGGCAGGCUGGCCGUGCCUGACGGCGGCGCUGGCGGCGGUGGCGCUGGCCGUGGUGCGGGCGUGGCGCUGCCCGCGGCACCUUCCGCGCAAGCACCAUGCGCCCGCGGGCCUCGCCGUGCUCACCGUGACCCACCUGGUGACCUCCGUGGGCGCGCACCUCGUCGCCGCAGUGCUGCCGCAGCACGCGGGGGCGCUGAGGGCGGCGGCGCGGACCGUGACGGCGGCGUGGGGCGGCACGGUGGGCAUCGCCGGUGUGCUGGGCGUCUGGCGGGCGGCGCGGGAGGCGGGGCGCCACCCGGCGCAGCUCCUCGUGCGGCUCAGCCGGUCCCCCGCAGAGGCGGCGGUGCAUACGCGGCACCCGCGCGCCGUCCUGCUGCGCGGCGCCCACCUCACGUUGGCCGCGGCCUUCGCCCAGGUGCUGCUGGCGGCGCUGCACAUGUACGCCCUCGUUGGGCCGGCCGACAUGCUGGCACUCCCGCCCACGAACCCGUGGCACUGGCUGGCCCACCAGAGUGUGUGCCGCGUGCUCGAGGUCCUCAUGUGGCUGCUGCUGGGCGCGGCGGCGGCGCUGCCCGUGGGCGGCUCGCCCGUCAAGCGCGAGAGCGUGCACAAGAGCGAGACGAGGCUGCUGGCCGCCUUCUCCUGCCGGCGCUGCGGCGGCUGCGCCUGCGCCGACGACGACUCGCAGGGCAAGGACGACGAGGUGUUCCCGACAGUGUGCCAGGCCAGCCAGGCCGUGAGAAACUACACGCUGCAGGCGUGCGGGAAGGGCGUGUUCGAGGAGUCGCUCGCCCCCGGGCCGCCCCCGCCCCUGCACCACCACGCCAACACUACACGCACGUCCGCGCGCCGCUCCUCCAUCCGCAAGUCCGCCACGCUGCACUCCACCACCUCCGACAUCCACCUGCUGUGGAACCACCAGGGCCACGCGCCCACGGCCAUCCCCGUCAGCACCGCCUCCCGCCCCUCCUCCAUGCUGUUCAACGACGCGGGCUUCGUCAGGUUCUGCAUGCAGGUGGACCCCAAGCAGGAGGCGGAGGACGCGGCGAGGACGUCCCUGCAGGACCUGGAGGUGAAGUCGGACGGCCCGAAGGACGCCGCCUCCGCCAAGCUGCUCGGCCAGACGCCCGGCGGCGGCGACGACGACGACUCGCCCGUGUACGAGCGCACGUACGCCAACGUGUCCAAGUCCGCGGGUAAUUCGCCCGUGCGCGCCGUCAGCCCCAGGUUCGGCGCUGCCUUCGCCAACAACUUCGAGGAGCUGAAGCAGAAGCGGCAGUGCGCCGGCGACGUGUACAGCGGCGGCAGCGAGGACGGCCACUGCAGGAGCGACGGCGCCAGCGUGACCGACUGCAGCUCCACGGACGCCGCCUCGCCCGCCAUCACGUACGACAACGAAUGGUCCAAGUACGCCAGCACCUGCUCCUCCAUCAGCGCCGCCAACAGCUUCGACGUCCGCAUGUACGACGACUUCGAGGUGGCGUCGUACUACCACGCGUCGCCCGUGUCCUCCUCCGACGCCUCGCACGUAUACGCCACCCUGCAGCGGCCGCCCCCGCGCGCGGUGCGGCUCGCCCGCCAGCGCGCCCUCCAGGGGGACGCCUCGCCGCCCACCGCGCGCCCGCACGACGCACACAUGUACACCCAAGAGCACUUCAUGGCCACCCACGUCCUCGGCCGCACCUCUUCCAUGUCGCCGCAGUCCGACUUCCUGGACCGGCCCUCCGACGGCCGCCCUCGGGCCUCUGACACCGACCUCUUCUCCGCCUCGAGCCACCUCAAGGGCAACCUCCGCUUCCACGAGGCGAUGGAGAGGUCGCCGGGGCCCCCGAGGCGCCCGCCGCAGCCCGUGCCUCGUAGGGUCAACCUCCACGCCAUGAGCCCCGAGGCCACGAUGGUCAUGGACUACAGAAGACGAGUUGCCGCGCCCGGGGAAGGCCCCGACGAGGGCGGCGAGCCGACGCUGCUGGUGCGCCUCGGCCAGGUCCCCGCGCAUCAGCAGCAGCCGCGGCCGGGGCUCCUCAAGAAGAUCGUCAAGAACAACUUCUCCCUCGGAGGCGGCGGCUACUCCCCCCUGAGCUCCGAGGACGUCUACACUCUUCCCAUCCAGCAGCAGCAGCAGCAAAAGGGCCCUCGGCACCCGUACCAGCCCCAGUCUCAGCCACGGCGCUUCAACGACAAGCGGGAGCGCGUGCGGCCGUGUGGCCACCGUCCCCGCCGCGGCCCCGGCUCCCGGCAGGAGCCCUCUGCCACGAGCCCCACCACGUGCUCGCCCGUCCACAUGCCCCACAAGUACCCGGGCGACCCCGUGCGCCUCCUUCAGGGGCACCCGGCCGACCAGCAGGACUUCCAGCAGGCGAUGCUGAUGAACGGGAAGGAGGUCGAGGAGGAGGCCCGGCGCGGCGAGAAGCCUCCGCCCCCGCCUCCCCCCCGCGCCGCCUCCGCCUCCCCGCCGUCUUCCCGUCCCGGCUCCUCCAUCGCCUCGCACUCCGACCUGCCCUCCGAGUGCGUGGACUCCGACGACGAGAUCCAGUCCGACGCCGCACAAAAGCACGACAGCGAGGACGACGAGGACGUGUCGGACUCCUCGUCGACCACGGCGGCGGCGACGGCGGCGCUGAGGAGGACCUCGGGGAGUGGCCGCUCCCCGCCGAGGUCGCUCGUCUGACCCCCGGCCUCCCUUCUGCCGUGGGACCGCCGUCUCUCGUGGACGAGGAUUUUCGCCAUCUCCUUCGACGACGGGGAGUCCACGGCGCUCGACCUGGAGUGACGGGCACGGGCGGGGCGGGCGCGGGUCGGCGGGAGGA